UCUUGUCUACUUUCUCCCACUCUCGACUGAAUCAGAGAGGAGGAGUUGGGUUGGGUCUCUCUUCUUUUUAGCUUUUGUGUGAUUCAUCUUUUGAUUGUACUAAAUCCCAGAAAUUGAUUGUUUCGUCAAUUGAUUUUUGGAUUUUUGGAAACAUAUGUUCAUGUUCUGGUUUCCUGAUUUGGAUCUCAUCUCUUUCGGACAUUAACUUCCAAAUUUGGUUUUUGGUUUUCUGAGAUGGGAUCUGUAUCGCUAAAGAUUGGCGAUGGAACCGCAAGAUUCAAGCGAUCAACACUCUUUUCAUCAGCUAUAAACCUCCUUAUGCUAUUCUCUGUAGUCACUACAAAUCUCUUCGCACUAUACGCUUUCUCAUCUCGUUCCCAAUCCAACACGCCACAUCCUCUUCAUUCCAACAACGUCUCUUUGGUUUCUCAGCAUCUCUCCCUUAUCCUCAGAGAAAUCGAUUCUUCCCACCGCACACUCUCUCAGAUGGAGAAACAGAUGGUUGGUUACGAAUCUCUCGAUCUCUCCCAUCCCGAAGUUCCCGAAGAGCUUAAACUGUUCCUCCAGCAACAUCAGCUUCCUCUUGGCAAAGAUUCUCGUACUGGGAUUACACAGAUGGUUGCAUCUGUUGGACAUACCUGUGAAUUGUCUCUAGACUUGUUGUCUCAGUAUAUGUCGUAUAAUGUGUUUGACAAAUGUCCUGAUGAUUGGAGCUUAGCGCAGAAGUUGAUUCUCCGGGCUUGUGAACCGUUGCCACGACGUCGUUGUUUGGCUAAAACAGUACAUAAGCCAGGUCUUGCUUUGUUUCCUGAUUCGUUGUGGAGACCUGUUAGUAACAAUAGUGUUAACUGGAGUGGUCUUGGUUGCAAAAGUUUCGAAUGUUUGAAAGGUAAGAAACUGAGCCGGGAUUGCGUUGGUUGCUUUGAUCUAGGUACUAGUCAUGAGAAAGAUAGGUUUGUUAAGGUUAAGGUGAAGACUGAUUUCUUGAUAGAGGAUGUUUUGAGUUUAGGCGAUGGGAAUGUCCGAAUCGGGUUCGAUAUUAGCAGCGGAUCAGGUACGUUUGCUGCUAAGAUGGCUGAAAAGAAUGUGAAUAUAAUCAGUAAUACAUUGAAUAUAGGUGCUCCUUUCAGCGAAUUCGUUGCUGCGAGAGGGAUUUUUCCGUUGUUCAUGAGUUUGGAUCAGAGGUUACCGUUCUACGACAAUGUUUUCGAUCUCAUUCAUGCUUCUAACGGACUGGAUUUAGCGGCUAGUAGUAAACCCGAGAAACUGGAGUUCUUGAUGUUUGAUCUUGAUCGGAUCUUGAAACCCGGUGGAUUGUUCUGGUUAGACAAUUUCUAUUGCGGUAAUGACGAGAAGAAGAGAGUUCUUACGCGUUUGAUAGAGCGGUUUGGGUAUAAGAAGCUGAAAUGGGUUGUUGGAGAGAAAAAUGAUGCAGAGGUUUAUCUCUCGGCUGUUCUGCAGAAGCCUGCCAGGAUUUGAUUGAGCCUUUUUUCUAUAAUCAGGAGAAUUCAGAUUUUGACCUUUUCAUAGGUAUUGAAAUUUUUUGGAGCUCAUCAUAUUUUUUGAAAUAUAUAUUCCUGUAUGUUUGUUCUGUAUGGUUUGUUUGCUUUGUACGAUUGCUUGCUUACAUUUUCAAAGUUAUACAAAAUCGAGAUCCUACAAAUAUAAAAUUAAUCUAAGCUGAUGCAGAAGUUUUAUUA